AAAACAUAACCUCAAAGAAACGCAAUGUUAUGAUGUGAUCGUGAACAUAAACAAGAAAUAAAACAAUUAUUAUAAGAAUAAGUAAAGUGUAAAACAUUUAUUAUUCUAUAUUUACACAAUAUUAGUCUUAAGUAACAAAAAGAAAUGGCAGAAACAUUAAAACUCAACAUACAUUUCGGGGGAGGUGCAGAGUUGCUAUUUGACAAAAUUAAGAAAAGGGAAGUGGAGUUGCCACCUCUAAAAAAGUUUAAACCGGAUUGCCAGAGCGAUAAAUGGACUAUUAAAGAAUUAUUAUUGUGGAUCAAAGAGAACUUACUUAGAGAAAGAGAGGAGUUAUUUUUACAGGGAGACUCAGUAAGACCUGGUAUCCUAGUCCUCAUAAAUGACACCGACUGGGAGUUAUACGGAGAGCUGGACUAUGAGCUGCAACCCGCAGAUACUGUGAUGUUCAUAUCCACGCUUCAUGGAGGGUAGUGGGGGGGAUUAAAUAAUUUAUUGUU